GGGAGCCCGCGCCGGGCCGCGGCGAGCGGGCUGAGCUCCUCCAGCUGCCGCCGUCCGCCCUGCCGAGCGGAUGGAGCCCGGCGCGCACGGCGAGCUGCGCGUUUUCAUAUGGAGAGGAUUGGGACCAUGGCUAUUGACUGGAUUGGUUUUGCGUAUGCUGCAUUGCUGGCUGUUGGAGGUGUUUUAGGAUAUACUCGUAAAGGUAGUAAAAUCUCUUUAGCUGCUGGUCUCACAUUUGGUUCUGUGGCUGGUUAUGGAGCUUACUGUGUAACAUGUGAUCCAAGAAGUGUGAAGAUAUCAUUGUUUUCAGCUUUUCUUCUGACCAUUAUAAUGGGAAUGAGGUUCAAGAGGUCCAAGAAAUUAAUGCCAGCUGGACUAGUAGCAUGCCUGAGCCUUUUGAUGAUUUUGAGACUUGUUUUUAUGCUGCUAUAGGAGAAUUUAGCAACUUAAGAGCUGAAGUCUGACUAUCAUGCCCACCUGGCAAACAGGCAGGCUUUCCAUACUUAAAAGAUAAGUUUGAACAGAAGUCUUAUUUUGUGUUUAUCUUUUCUGUAAAAGAUCUGUACCUGAAAUAUAGUUUUUGGCAUUUGCUGAUAUUUUGCUAGCUUUUCUAAAAAAACAAAUGAGUGUUUUGUUGAUGAUGUAUUUUGAUCUACUUUUGUUUACUCAAAGGAUCUUUACUUGUAAGUCUGAUUGUUUUCAGAGGUGCUGAGCACCUCAAGAAAUUAUGUUAGCAAUGCACUGUAUUUUUCAAAGAAAAACAUAUGUAGAUAUAUCAUUAUGCUGAAGAGGUAUAUUGUAUUGGACCAUAAUUUUGUAGCUUCUGAGAUUAAGUAAUUAAUUUUAAACACAGCAUCAGUUACUACUCAGUAAAGGCAUGUGCCUGUACUGUGUUGCACUAGAAGACAUACCUUCCUUUCAAACCUAGCUGUCUUCUUCCACUGGUUCUAAAUGUAAAACCAUAAUCAGUAUUCAAAUAAAAAGUAAAAUGUU